AUGGCAUCUUGUCAAAACUCAGGUUUUGACCAAUUAUGUCAGGAAGCUGCAAUUAUUACAAGGGAACUUGAACUCAAAGCUGCCAGUGCUGCACUUGAAGCAGCUACCAAGGAGGCUCUGAAAAAGAAGACCAAACAAGCCUGUAGCACUCGUGUCAGACCAGUCUCGUUUGUAGAGAGGGAUGAGUUUGGGCAUCUUGUGCCAAAACGGAGAAGGCCAAAACUUACCAAGGCAAACAUUUCCAAAGCUACAACGAUUAACAGUCCAGCUAUGUCAUCAUCUUUGGAGUCUGGGCAAGUAGACAUUGAUCAUGGUGAAAUUCCGUCACUGCCUUCUCACACUGUUUGGCCAGCAGUUGAAGAUAGAGAAACUCUUCAUCAAGAGGUAGAGGAUCUGUUGGCUGAUACUGGAGACAUUCAGUGCUCAAAUCUGACCUCCUCAAACACAUGGUCAGUUCGCAUGGCCCAGGCUAAAGAGAAGUGGGCAGCUUUGAGGCCCGAGAUGGUGGAAUCUUUAUUAACAGCUGAGUACACGGAUAUCAGACAGUGCCAGCACUGCCAACUGAAGCGAUCUGUUAUCCGCUGUAAAGACUGUGUUCCUAAACAGCUGUACUGUGCAGACUGCGAUAUAUUGGCCCAUGAAAGGAAACUGCACAACCGAGAGACAGAUGUAGAAGGAUUCUUUCGGGCCAUAUCCCCGUCAACUUUGGUAAAGCUGGAUAUUGACGACCAAUUCCAUUUUGAGGAAAAAGGCAUGUAAUUCAGUUGUUUUAGAAUUUAUAAUACCUUCAUGUUAAUCUAUCAUGUGAAUUUCCAUGUAAUCAUAAUAA